CCAAAAGCAUGUUAGGAAAAUUCCAUGUUCUGAUUCCUCUCCUCUAGGACUGUCAAUGGCAGGAUACCAGCUCUGGUCACCAUGGACCCCACUGGAUGAGAGCUUCCAAUGGCUGCGGCAUACAACACCUACACCUUCUUCCAAGCACCCCUUUAGGGCUUCCCCCUGCUUCCCCAACACCCCUUCUGAUCUUGAAGUGCAGCUGUGCUUUCAAGAGGUCACUCUAGUUCUAGACAGUCCAUUCCUAGAGCAUGGGGGGAGUCCCAAGUUGCCCUGCCACACGUCAGAGCUCCGAACUAUGAACAAGAAAGGGCUGGUCAGGAAGCCCCAGCCUGUCUGCCUCAAUGGAGUGGAUUCUGUCUUUGGCAGGGUCAUCACGGCUCAGCCGCCAAAGUGGACUGGGACCUUCAGAGUUUCAGACAAGUCCGCCUUUUGCAAAAUCAGCCGGGAGCACCAGUGGCCCACUGGACUUAAGGAGCCUCAGAUUCAGAUGAUAGUGACCAUGUGCAAACAGAUGCUGCGCUCCAUCCUCCUGCUGUAUGUGACGUACAAGAAGUGCACCUUUGCCUUGCAACACUCCAAGUAAAGUGUCCCCAUCUGAUCCCCAGUCCUCACACCACGCCUCUCGCUAUGUGCCUGAAGCUUACAUAGACCUUUCCGUGUAAAAGAAACUGUGUUUGCCCCAGCCAUCUUGCUUUUCAGUCAAGCAGUGACAAUUCAGGAGCCCCCCUCCUCUCUUCCCGUCCAAAGAUGGGCCAGUGACAGACCAAGGGAGAACAUUUCCAUUGUAAAGCUGAACAACCAUUUAGAGUCAAACUAGCAUUGACAUGUACAUGUGAUAAAGAACCAUUAAACAAACCACAUAAACCAA